AGUUCUCGAAUUUUCCGAUAUCUGUCAGUCUCGAGUGGAGAAACAUCAUCGUGCAUGUGCAUAUUUCAAUAGAAACCAUUUCGGAUAAAUUGCCACUGCACAAAUAGCGCCGAACAUUCUGACUUUCGGAGGACUUAUUUUCCAGGCUAUCUCGGGAUUACUUUGUCUGCGCGGAGGAAAAUAUUCCAGGCAGUCAGGUGCUUGGUGGCGCGACGGACAGAGGAGGAAAGGAAGGAGAUCCUUGUUUUAAUUUAUAGAUAGGAAAACAUCUAAGACCAGCCAUGGAGGGUGGAAUGAAAAUUGUGAAAGUUCUUCUUAUGGUGUUCAACAUCAUUUUUGUAAUUGUUGGUUUUGCGCUGAUUGGUGCCGGCGCCUAUGUCCAGACACAGCUGACCGAUGUAGCCUCCAUUUUCGGCAGUCAAUACAAUGGACCUGGUAUCCUGCUCAUAUUUGUUGGCGUCAUUAUCUUCCUCAUUGCCGCCUUUGGAUGUCUGGGAGCGUGCAGGGAGAACCACUGUUGUAUUAUGACCUUUGCUGGUCUGUUAGUUGUUAUUUUCAUCCUUGAGAUUGGUGGAGGAAUUGCUGGAUUCGUUCUCAGAGACCAGAUUGAAAACACAGCAGUAGAAAAGAUGGAAGAGGCUCAACACAAUUACCCAAAUUCAACGGACGUGCAGGAGGGAUGGAAGUUCAUCCAGCAGUCGUUUGAAUGCUGUGGAGCUGACAACUACACCAGUUGGAAAGGAAUCCUGACCGAGCCACCAGAGUCAUGUUGCAAGAGCAUUGGUACCAAGGAGUGUACUAAUCGGUCAUUCACCAACACAGUCGGCAUUUACACUAAAUCAUGCAAAGAGGGCAUCAUUGACUGGCUGAAGAAGAAUGUUAUCUUGCUUGGUGGAAUCGGAAUUGGACUUGCCUUUGUUCAGGUUUUCGGAAUCUGUUUGGCAUGCUGUCUAGGAAAGGCUAUCAAGAAGGAGUACGAGGUCGUGUAACAUGUCACGAACAAGUUGUUCAAGUUGCUGUGGCAAAGAUUGGAUUGUAGCAGACUGUAACAUCUGAAUAUUUUUCUAACAUUGCUCCAUCUUGUGAGAGAAUCCAUGAAGAGAAGAGGAUUCCUGGCUUGAUCCCUAAGACAGCAUUUUGUGACCAACAAAACAAUCCCAUUUUCAUCUUGUAAUUGUCUGCUGUAUGUUCAGUCCUGACUAAAAGUUUGUCUGUGUAGGCUAGAUUUUGCUGUCUGUUUAUACUGUACAUAUUGUCAACUACCGACUUAACUUGGCUAAGAUGAGAUGUGAUAUGUUUUUCGCAAAAAUCAUGUUCACAUUACCCUGCAGACAUUUGGAAAGAGUGCGAUGAAACCUAUGGGAUCUGAUCUAAGUUAUUUAAAUUCUCAUCACAUGUUAGUCACGUUAUGGGAUUAACGCUCAAAUCUCCUUCAUUUAAGAGUUUAUAUGAAUUUCCUUGAUUGCUGCAUCUAUUUUUAUGGGACUUUUGCAGCAUGUCCUGGUUGUCAUGGUUACAAUGUUUUUUCGAAGUUCAAGUAGCAAUCUUGUUAAAGUUGUUAUCAUAUAACCUUGCAAUAACAGAUCACUUUUACGUGACGGGACAAUGAUUUUGAGAAAAAAUGCUGAAAAUGAACCAAAUCAGUAGGGCGUAUGAACUAGUCAUUGUUGUGGAGGGAUCACUACAUAUAUCUCCUCGAUCUCUGAGUUCCGCUGUCGUGUUGACCACCUCGUAAUACUUUCAAUCUAAUCUGUGGUUUCAAGGUUUGCUUCAUUGUUAUUCAUGGUUAAUUUUUAUAUAAUCCAUGUUUUCCAGCAAUUCGAUAUAGAUUUGUAUAUUUCUCUGGUUCAUUGUCUUAGUUACUGUCUGGAAAUUCUAUUUUGUGUAUACUCAUUCUGUACAAAUGUCACUUGGUAGGGUUUUUUUCUUGCUCAUACAAAAAUGUAUAAUGUUGAAAUAAAAAAUCUUUAUGUGAA